GGCCAAGGUUGCUCCCCAGCAGAGGCAUUCUGGAGAACCAUCUCCCUCUCUACAAAGGAAUAGACAUAAGGGCUACAGGUCGGGUCUGCUUCAACUGGACGAACUUAAGAGUCUCUUUGCAGUAGGGGACUGAGGGGACAGCCCUGCUUAAGCACACCGUGAUUAAAGACGGGAGAAAUUUGAUAUUUUGCUUCUCCAGUUCUGGAGCUCAUAAAUUCACCUUAGGGUGGAAGUCCAAGUUUCACUUGUAGACAACUAUGAGCCUACACAGGAGAACACUGACUCUAGGCCAAGGAUAGCAGCGAGGCAAUCAAGUGACUAAGGCACUCAGUUGAAGGUGGAGUUCACUCUCAGUUUCAAACAGGUUGCUUGAACAAAUCAGAGAGUAACUGCCUCUUUAAAUUUUGUGUCCUGGACAGCACACCAGCCUGACUGCUCAACCCCACUCAGCUUUGACUAGCUCCUCCCCAACUUACCUUCACUUCGGCACAACACUUCUGGUAGCAGGUCAGCAAGUUUUUGCAAUGUUGCAGUGGUCUCUACUCAGCACCCUUGUCUGGAGCCCUGGCUCUGUCCUGCUCAUUCUGGUCCUCCUGCAUAGACUGUGUAUGUGGCCUUGGCAUAAGUCUCAUCUUUGGGACCUCCAGCACUGCUCCACAGACUUGACUGGGAAGACAGCGGUGGUGACUGGAGCCAACAGUGGUAUUGGGAAGGCCGUGUCCCAGGAGCUGGCCCGCCGUGGGGCCCGGGUGAUCCUUGCCUGCCGUAACUGGGAGUGUGGACAGCAAGCCCUGGCUGAGAUCCAAGUAGCCUCGAAGAACAACUGCCUCCUGCUUGGCCAGGUGGACUUGAGCUCUAUGGCCUCCAUCCGUAGCUUUUCCCGGUGGCUUCUGCAGGAGUGUCCUGAGAUACAUCUGCUGGUUAACAAUGCUGGAACCUGUGGAUUUCCCAAGACACUUACCCAAGAGGGCCUUGAUCUCACCUUUGCCACCAACUAUGUUGGGCCCUUUCUGCUUACAAAUCUACUCCGAGGGGCCCUACAGCGGGCAGGAUCAGCCCGGGUGGUGAAUGUGUCUUCCUUUCGGCAUGCACAUGGGUAUGUUGAUGAGGAACAUCUGACAGGGGCUGGUAAACCCUUGAUCUUUAACCAGAAUUAUGACUGCAGCAAACUGCUCUUGACCUCCUUCACUGGGGAGCUUGCCCGGAGACUUCAAGGGACAGGUGUGACUGUGAACUCUGUGGACCCGGGUAUAGUGUACACAAGUAUCAUGAAGCAUUUUUCUUGGUCAUACCGCUUCCUCUUUUGGCUCUUCAGCUUCUUCUGUAAGGAUGUCAGACAAGGCGCAGUCCCAGUCCUCUACCUGAGCUUGGCAAAGGAGCUGGAUGGCAUUUCUGGAAAAUAUUUUAGCAGUUCCUGUAGGAUAAUUCUUCCCGCGAAAGCUGCUCAGGAUCCUCAAGCGGCCCAAAGGCUCUGGAAUGCCACGGUCCAGCUAACAAACCUGGACAAGAUGGACUGAUCCCCCGUGCCCCCAGCCCUAACUUUGCCGUCCUCCCUGAUUCCCAGCCCCUACUCUGAUCCUGCCUUUUGUUUGUUGGCUCCAAGCAUCAAUCACCUUGUCUAGUAUAGCAAUCACGUCCUUUUCCUGUUGCCUCAGUGGCAUGAGGGCUCAGAUUAGCCAGGGGACAGUUUUAGCUUCUACUUUACUGCCAGUUCUCUAAUGGAAGUGUUCAUUCCUUGGAUACUGGGAUCUCCAAAUCUACAGAGUCCCACGUUGUGGUGACCGGGGGGGGGGGGGUAAAACUCCUUCCAGUGGGGAUUAGGGGUGCUGGAAGAAGGGAAACUUCCACCUGUAUUGCUUAGUUUCUACCCAUGUACUUGCUGACUCUGGGGGAGACAGCACCACACAAUGCCAUCUUGAUUAAAGCAUAUACCACAUCCUGUAGGAUAGCAGUCUGACUUCACAGAGUGUUGUCUCUCAACUGGUACUGUAACUGAGCCUGCAGAUGAUCAUUCCACAUUUCCGUUAAACCAGCUGCUCCUGGGUGAUGAGCCAAGCAUUCAGAUCAGUGAAUUCUGGUGGUGGGAGCCAAUUGUUUUUUCCCUCAGGUCUUGGUUCAUCUGUAUAAAUUUGGGGAUCGGCUCUUCAAAUUUCACACACAUACAUGAAUACUUUUUGUGGUUGCAUUCCAUCUAUGAUGUCCAGUUUUCCUAACCUUGGACAAGUAUACUCCUAUCUAUUUAACUCUCUUUAAUAUCUUUACCAAAUUUUCAAUAAUUUUAUCCAUAAAAUCUUGCACCAGUUUUACUAUAUUUAAUUCAGGUACCUUAAUUUUGACACUAUUGUAAAUGGGGCUCUUUAACCUUUGUGUGCUGAUUGUCUAUCAAACGACUUGGAAAAGUUGUCUAAUUUUAAUGAGUUCUCUGUAGGUGCUUUUGGUUUUUCUACAUAGAAAAUCACCCCAUCUAGGAAAAAUAAGUUUUACUUCUUCCCUUUCAAGUAUUCUAAUUUUUGUUUCUUUUUCUAGGAGACCCUCAUAGAUAUUCUAGCGUUAAACCGACCCUGUAUUUCUGAAGUAAACCCAGUAAGCCCCACCUAGCAUUUCUGGUCGCAGUGUUGUAUAGACAUUGCUAAAUUGAACAUGCUCAUUAUUGUUUAGCACUUUGUACUGUGUUCAUAAAUGAGAUUGACCUAUACUUUUCUUCUUAAACUUUUAUUUAAGCAAUCUCUGCACUCAACGUUGGGCUUGAACUCACUGCUCCAAGAGGAAGAGUUGCACACUCUUCCGGCUCAGCCAGCCAGGUGCCCCUGGCCUGUACUUUUCUUUGCCUAUAUUGCCAUUGUCUGGUUUUGCUGUCAUGGAUGUAUUAUUCAUUUUAUACAAUGAAUUGGGGAUUUGUGUUAAUCCAUGGACGUCAUCUGAGAAGCAGUUGCCAAGUUAGGAUUGAAUGUUCAAGAAACCUAUUAUGGGAAACGGCUGCAAGAGAAAAUGGGAAGGAAGCUGGGAGAAGCUGAGAGGGCCACCAGACUGUGAUCUGAGUAUGACCCUGAGUGAGGGAGGGAAAGAAGGCUGGUUGGAGCCUCUUAGAGUACAGUGCAAUGAUUUUUCCAUUUGUGGAUUCCCUCUCUUGUUUUGAAAGUAUGCAAUCUAUUUAUGUCCUUUAGUGGUUAGUCAAAAAAUUUCAACCUGCCUAUUUGAAAUUGGGUGGGCCUGUCCUAAUCAGGUGAGCCCUCUAAAAGUGUUUAGGUUUUCCCAGAAGCCAGAAAGACUCUCCUGUUUACCAUGAAGAAAUAAAUUGCCACAUUGUGGAGAGGGCCAUUCCUCGGGAACUGAAUUCUGCCAAUACCCAGUGAGUCUGGAAGAGCACCCGGAGCCCAGAUGAGAUUGCAGCCCUGCAGUACAUGGUGAUUUCCGCCUGGUGAGACCCUGAAUAAAGGAUCCAGCUAAUCUGUACCCAGACUCCUCAUCCACAGAAACAGACAGUACCCGUGUUCUUUCAAGCCGCUGAGUGUAGUAAUUGGUUAUGCAGCAAUAAAAAGCUCAUAUGGGAUCCAAAGAA